UCUCUCUCCCCAGGAGUUGAGUUGUGCCUCGGAGGUGGAGAGGAAAUAUCUGAGGUCCCUGUGUAAUCGGGCAGAAGGUGUCACUUUGAAAACCUACCACGCUACCCUGGAGAACCUGAUGGGUCUUUACGAACCGAUUAACCCAGAUCGAGACACACUCCCGACGAUGACUCUGAGAGAGCCCAAACAGCUGGAACAGGAGAAGAUAGUGAUCAAGAACCUCAGACCACUCCUGGAACUGGCCAACUUCAACGAGCUGUCACAGAAGACCAUUCAGUACGCUCUUGCUCACCAUGAUCCUCUGUACGACACGCAGGUCAACGUGAACAUCGAUGACUACGAGUACAUGAUGUUUUGGGCCCUGGGUUUGCGCAAAGGGGUGACGCCACUGGAGAUGAAGGAGUUACAAAAGAUUUCCGGAAUCUUCUUCUUCCGACGCCACGUCAAACUGCCUGAGCAGCGGUGGUACUGCAAGCGCAUGGUGCUGGUGGCCCGUGUGCGGACGGGCCGGAUGGUGCUGAAGUCGUUCAAGGACAUUCCCCUGGAAAACUUGGAGCAGCUGCUGCCGGCGGUGGCCCUGCGGAUCUCUGCGCGGGACCGCACUCUGCUGCUGGCCACGCUGGUGACUGGAGGGUGCGCUCUGCUGGUCAACCUGCUGGGGCUGGGGCUGUGGCCGGGUCUGGGCUUCAGCCUGCCCAUCCUCAUCCUGCCCCUCGCCCUCUUUGCCGUCCUGAUGACGGACCGGGCGGUCCGCGUCUUCCGCCGCAAGCGAGAGCAGAAGGCCCUGAACCGCUCGCUGGUUCUCUACCACAAGAGCACGUCCAACAACGUCGAGCUGCUGGUGACACUGGCCCACCGUGCACAGCAAGAGCACGUCAAGGAGGUGCUGCUCGCCCACGUCUUCCAUCCCAAGCCUUUUGGGCAGCACCGGCACCAUGGAUCAGAUGAGGAAAUGGCCGCCCAGUUGUCCCACACUGUAUCUCAGUGGCUUCAUGAACAAACCUGUCUCCCCAUCUCCUUCAAGGGGUCCCGUGCUCUCCAACGACUGAGGGAGCUGGAGGAGGCACUGACGACCGAGGGAGGGGACGGGGGGAGGGAGGAGGGGGGGGCAGUGAAAGGUAGAGAGAGAAAGAGAGAGGACAGAGGGAAAUGGAGGUGGGAGAGAGACAGAGAGUGAAAGAGAUAGAUGGA